AUGCAGGAGAUAGCUGUUCAAAUUGUAUAAAUGCCCGCCUGAAGUGCACCUUUGUAGAGGCAUCUCAGAAACGAAACUCCUCUAAGGCUUAUAUCAGUAGCCUCGAAAGCCGCUUGCAAAAGCUCGAGAAGGUCCUGGAGAAGUUGGCACCUGGCCUUGAUCAUGCCGAAGUUUCCACCUUAUCAGACCAUGAAGCUAGUCAUCGGAAGGGGAGCAGCGGAGAUUCUUUCCACUCACCGAUCAAGCACUACCAUGAAUUAGGUGCAGGCCCGGUACGGGUAACCCCCCUCACUUCUAUUUCUCGUACCAACGGGACUGUGGACUCUUCUGACCUCGAUCCAAGUGACGAUGAGUAUCUCCCGCAUGCGUCGCUGACGGAGCACCUUCGGACGUACAUCCACGACCCAUACCGGCCCCUGUACCUUGGAAAAUCCAGUGAAUACUUGCUCAUUCAAGAUACCAUGGCACUGAAAAAGAAGCAUGCCGGCGAUGACCGCCCUGUGUUCACUGGAAGUGACUUCGGCAAACUACGGCCAGAAUUUUGGAGCAGAGAAGAAGAGAAAUGGGUACACCAGGCAUGCAGAAGGCCUAUACCCAAGUACGAGUUCCCUCCCUCAGACCUCAUCGGGCCCCUGGUCGACCUAUACCUCGCAAAUGUGAAUAUAUUUGUCCCGCUCUUCCAUGAGCCUACCCUGAAGCAGGAGGUCGCAUCCGGAUUGCAUUUGCGGGAUCCUAGCUUUGCCUCCGUUCUGCUCCUUAUCUGUGCCUGUGGCUCUCGAUGGGCUGACGACCCUCGGGUGCUGAUGGGUGGCAGUGAUUCGCUUCAGUCCGCCGGGUGGCGGUGGUACAAUCAGGUGAAGAUGUACCAGACUCCGGUUGGUCCGUUGAACCUAUAUGAAGUACAGCUAUAUGCUUUAUUUGCUUUGUUCCUUCAGGGGACCGCUUCCCCACAGGCCUGCUGGACGCUUGUAGGAGUCGGACUUAGAGUUGCUCAAAACUUAGGCGCCCACAGGGCCAAGAUGUACAACUCACCCUUGACUAAGGAAGAUGAAUUAUGGAAGCGCGCGUUCUGGGUCCUUGUCACGCUGGACCGUGCCUACAGCUCAGGGAUGGGUCGGUCAUGCUCUAUACAAGAGGAAGACUUCGAUCUCGACAUGCCUGUCGCAUGUGAUGACGAAUAUUGGGAUCACCCCGAUCCAGACAAGCGUUUCCAGCAGCCUCCGGGACAACCGUCCAAAGUCGAUGCUUUCAUCUGCUUAAUCAAGUUGAAUCAAAUACUUGGGUUAACGCUCCGCACCAUAUAUUGUAUCAAUAAGUCGAAGGUCCUGUUGGGAUUUGUCGGUCCAGAAUGGGAGCAACGCAUCGUAGCUGAAUUGGAUUCGGAGGUCAACAAAUGGUUCGAUGAGCUUCCAGAACACCUGCGCUGGAACCCCGACCAAGGAGACACUCUAUUCUUCCGGCAAUCAGCUAUGCUUUAUUGCAAUUACUACACUUUGCAGAUCCAGAUACACAGGCCCUUCAUUUCGAAAUCACGCAAGCUUUCCCCCUUGUCGUAUCCAUCUUUGGCCAUCUGUACCAGGGCUGCCCGAUCGUUGAGCCAUGUGGCGGACACCUGUCGUCUUGUUUGCAAAAGGGCACCCUCGCACCAUAUGUUUAUGGGCGUGUUCGUCGCGGCACUGGUCCUGCUGCUGAACAUAUGGACCAGCGACAAGUCUGGAGUGCCCAGCAAUGUAAAGGAUGAUAUCGCUGACGUGAAUAAAUGCAUUGCAGCUCUGCGUGACUUAGAGACACGGUGGUAUUUAUGUGGAAGAACCAGAGACUUGCUCAGACAUCUAGCAACCGCUGGGAGCGUUCCGUUGGAACUUGAGUAUAAGGAUGCUCCGCCUCGAGGAGUUAUUUCAUCGUUCGACCCUCGCUCUAUGUUCAGCCUCUGUCGACCGCCCGAGCCAUCCCCGCCUUCUCAUCGAAACGGCAGUAUCCAGCCUAGCGGCGACGGUUCUCGUUCCGCAUCUUGUGAUGGAGUCGAUCCUGCUACCCGCGGGAGCUUCAGUCAAAGACCACAGCAUACGGCCG